AAAAUUUUAAUUUCAUUGAAAAAUAAAAUUAGUUGGGCUUUUGAUGUGUUAGAAAAAAUAAUAACUAGAAAUAUUCAUUAUUUUUUGGAAAUGAAUAUUUAUUCUAAAAUUUUUAACAAAUCCACAACACUGCUGCCUCGCCGCCGGAUUCAUGAUUUUGAGCGUUUGAAUCUCCAAGAAUUUCGGCUAUACUGAUGUCCGCCGCAAAAGCUGUAUAUCCCAUUCAAAUACUCCGGCAAACGGUGGAUAUCAGUGCCUUGGCCAAUAACUACGCUGCCAAGCUUCUUCUAUGCCACCAGCGCGGCCCUUCCGGCCACCAUAUCGCCGCCGGCAUCCAUGCCCACAUGAUUGCAUCCGGUUUUAUUCCACGCGGCCACAUUCGUAACCGUUUGAUUGACAUUUACAGCAAAUCCUCUCGUUUGAGCUACGCAGAGAAACUGUUCGAUGAAAUUCCCGAACCAGACAUUGUUGCAAGAACCACUAUGAUCGCAUCAUAUUCUGCUUCUGGGAGCCCCAAUUUGGCCAAAGAGAUAUUCGAAAAAACCCCGCUGAGAAUCCGAGACACGGUCUGCUACAAUGCCAUGAUCGCGAGCUGUUGCCAUGGCAACGACGGCCAUGCUGCCGUUCGUCUCUUCAAUGAAAUGAGGCGGAAGAGGUUCGAACCCGACUGUUUCACUUUCACAAGCACGCUUGCAGCUUUGGCCCUUAUAGCCACUCGCGAGGAGCAAUGCAAGCAGAUGCAUUGUGUUGUGCUCAAAUCAGGCUGCGGUUUGGUUACUUCUGUUUUAAAUGCACUCUUAUCUGCUUAUGUCAAGUGUGCGUUUUCUCCCUUCGUGUCUUCUUCUUCGCUUUUUGCCUCUGCGAGGAAACUGUUUGAUGAGAUGCCGGUAAAGGAUAAGCUGUCGUGGACAACGAUGAUCACAGGGCAUGUGAGAAACAAAGAUCUUGAUUCUGCUAGAGAAGUUUUUGACUCGAUGGAUCAAGAUUUGGUGGUGGCGUGGAAUUCUAUGAUUUCGGGAUAUGUACAAGAGGGGUUGGUUGUGAAAGUCUUUGAGAUGUUCAGAAAAAUGCAGUCUUUAGGGGUUAAAUACGAUGAUUUUACCUACACUAAUGCGUUGAGCGCUUGUGCUGAUUGGAGCUUGAUUCUUCAUGGUAAGCAAAUUCAUGCGUACAUUCUUCGGAUAGAGGCAAAACCCCCAACGGAUUUCAUGGUUUCUGUGACCAACGCCUUGAUCAGUUUAUAUUGGAAGUGUGGUAAAGUUCACCAAGCAAGAAACAUUUUCGAUGCCGCUUGCACCAAGGAUCUUGUUUCAUGGAAUGCGAUGUUAUCAGCUUAUGUGAGUGUGGGGGAAAUUGACGAGGCGAAAGCCAUUUUUGAUGAGAUGUAUGAGAAAAACGUUUUAUCGUGGACAGUUAUGAUAUCAGGGUUAGCACAACAUGGCUUAGGCGAAGAAGCUCUGAAACUUUUCAAUAGGAUGAAGUCUUGUGGGCUUGAGCCGUGCGACUAUGCAUUUUCAGGCGCUAUUACCUCUUGCGCUGUGCUUGCAUCUUUGGAACAAGGGCGUCAGCUCCACGGACAGCUUAUCCGACUUGGCUUUGACUCGAGCCUUUCAGCAGGAAAUGCUCUUAUAACAAUGUAUGCUAGAUGUGGUGCUCUUGAUGCUGCAUACAAGGCGUUUCUCACAAUGCCGUGUCUCGACUCUGUGUCGUGGAAUGCAAUGAUAGCAGCGCUUGGUCAACACGGACAUGGGGCCAAAGCAACGGAGUUAUACGAAGAGAUGUUGGAAGAGUACAUUUUGCCUGAUAGGAUAACAUUCCUCACAGUCCUCUCUGCUUGUAGUCAUGCCGGUUUAGUUGAUGAAGGAAAGAAAUACUUCGAAUCCAUGAAGGAAGUGUAUGGAAUAACUCCCUGUGAAGAUCAUUAUGCACGUCUCGUUGAUUUGUUGGCUCGAUCUGGGAGAUUAACCGAAGCUCAAAAUGUGAUCCAGACCAUGCCUUUUGAGGCCGGUUCACAAAUUUGGGAGGCUUUGCUUUCUGGCUGCCGUCUUCAUGGAAACAUGGACUUAGGCGUCCGUGCUGCUGAAAAACUCUUUGACAUGAUUCCGAAGCAUGAUGGCACGUAUAUCCUUUUGGCUAAUAUGUUUGCCGCUGCAGGGCGGUGGGAUAGUGUUGCCACAGUCCGUAAAUUUAUGAGGGACCGAGGAGUUAAGAAGGAGCCGGGGUGUAGCUGGCUUGAGGUUGAGAAGAAGGUUCACGUGUUUUUGGUUGACGAUGCUGUGCACCCUGAGAUUCAUCAAGUGUAUAAAUAUUUGGAGGUGUUCGUUUUAAGGUUAAGGGAAUUGGGAUAUGUUCCGGAUACUAAGUAUGUAUUGCACGAUAUAGUGUCGGAACAAAAGGAGCAGUCGUUAUCCACUCAUAGUGAGAAGUUGGCGGUCGUUUAUGGACUCCUGAAGCUUCCUCGUGAAGCCACCAUUAGAGUCUUCAAGAACCUGCGUAUUUGUGGGGACUGCCACAAUGCAAUCAAGUUCAUGUCGAAAGCUGAGAGUAGAGAGAUUAUCGUAAGAGAUGUGAAAAGGUUUCGUCAUUUUAAGGAUGGCGAAUGCUCUUGUGGUGAUUACUGGUGAAGGAAAUGUGCGUCUUGGUUUUAAUUGUGGGUGAGCAAUCGAGCCAUCCUCGAUCUAAGGAAUUGCUGCCACCUCCUUAACUCUCAUGUCCCCUAAAGCAAGACUACUUGUUGCGUUUCUCCUUUUAGUGAAGAAAACGCUGCUUCUUGACUUGCAGAGUUGGUCUAUUCUUCUGGUCGCUCUCGAACGUCCAUGUUCCAUGGCACCAGAGCAAAUACUUCUUCAAGUAUGAAGUUUUAUGGAAGUGUGGAAUUCAAAACCUGAGCUCCGUGGCGAAGGGGAUGAGAUCGAGUCAAUAAGGGAAGCAGAAGAAACGAGACGAGAUGAGAGGAAGAUGCAGCGAAGUUGAAAGAGCAAUGUAGCUUGGAGGCACUUGCAACGAGCAAUUAGGCACGCGAAAGGUAAAAAAAAGGUAGCAGAGAAGACGCAACGCAUAUUUAUGGUGGCAUGGAGCAAUUAGGCAAUGCAUAUUUAUGGUGGCAUGGAGUGAGUAGUCCAUUUUUUUCAUUUUGUUUUGAUAUUGUAUUUUAUUAAUAAUUUACUCCUUCUGUCCAACUACAAGUGGGGCGUUUUUUUUCCGGUUGUUUUGCGAAGAUAAUAAAUAGUUAAAGUGAAGAAAAAGUAAAGGAAGAGAGUGAAUAAAAUAGAAGAGAGUCUAUAUGCAUUAUUAUCUUACUUACUUUACUUUAUCUCUAUUCUAACUAUUUAUUACAUUAUUUUUACAAAAUAAUGUUCGAUUUGGGGCGCCUCACUUGUAGCAAGUACUCCACUACUCUUUUUACUUAUUGAAAGGAAAUUUGUGUAUUUGUUUUACCACUCACUCAGCAGUCACAUCAGCGGCGCCACCGUAACUCAUCGGCCAUCUGAAUUCACGGCAUAGCAGACUGCAAUAAUCUGGAUACUCUAACCAUUUAAACUCUGGAAAUUCCCUCUAAACAAUCUCGAAAUGAAGAGGGGAUGCUUCGUGAAUUUACCGUUAGAAAUCCCUAUCAAUAUCCUGUCACGGCUCCCCCCUAGAGCUGUUUUUCGUUGCAAGUGUGUUUGCAAAUAAUGGCUUAAGCUACUCGACACUCGCAACUUUGUCAAGUUACAUAUUUCUAAAUCAGUCCCGGGGAUGGCUGUUGUUCGGUCUAGUGUGGAGUCUAACUCGUACGAAAUCUUUGAAUUUGAAGACGACCUUGAUCCUGAACUCCAUCAUCUCCGCUACAGCUCGGUCACCAAGUUUCUUUUCCCUCGCGCUGCACUGAUACGGGGUUCAGCUAAUGGGUUGCUAUUUCUGACCGGCGGCCAACCUUAUGUAUGCAACCCUAUAACACGACGCUUUAUCAAGCUUCGUCCGUAUCUAGACUCUCCCCACUCUUCAUCUGAUACAGUUGCGUAUGGAUUUGGAGUGACUAAAACGACUGGCCAACAUAAGGUGGUUCGGAUUGUCUAUGACUAUAGUUUCGAAACAGAGGAUUCGCCUAAUAUUAGGCUUACCAAAUCUCAUUGUGAGGUGUACACUCUUGGAGCUCGUACAUGGAGAAGCGUCAUACCCGUUGCCCUGGUACUGUUCGACACAAUUGGGAUAUUUCUUAAUGGAAAUCUUCACUGAUUGGUGGCAAAUCCAAACAGCCCACCACAAAUUUGUUGCUUUGAUCUCGAAACAGAGCUUUUCAGCACCUUCUUUCAUCCCCCUCUGGUGAAUGAAGGGUCUCUAGGGAGCUUGUCGGCUUUGGCGGGUAGUCUAUGCCUUUGUGAUAAUUCAACUGAAGAAUAAAUCAUCAUCUGGGUGAUGGAAGAAUAUGGGGUUGACACAUCUUGGAGAAAGGAAUAUGUUAUCAACAAAGAUCGCGACGUUUGUGGAGACUAAAUGAUUGUUUCCCCUAUUAAAUUUUUUGAAGAUGGUGACAUUCUGAUGGUAUAUAUAGAAUCCCUGCUGUUCUACUACUCUGAAAAGACGAAAACUAUUAGGAAGACUCAGAUGUUUGAAGCUUGUAGUGGAAAUCAUUUUCGUGCGAAUGCAAUUCUCCACACCCCAAGCUUUCUGUCGCUGAGAAAUUUCGGAAAGGAGCUAGAACCAACUUUCACUGAGGAUCACUAUGAGCUUUUUACUUGAUGUAUCAGAUCGGCUAUCUAACACGAUGCAGAAAAUUGGUCUAGGAAUAAUUGAAGCUAAAGCAUCUGCGAUUUAUGGAUACAAGAGCCAUGGAGCAUCUGCUCAAGUUUGAAUCUCUGAUGGUCUUUUUGCUUUGCACUUUGGGGCCAAUUUCAAUCUAGUGUGACUCUCUCUAUAUAUUUGCAUCUCUCCCGACUCGCACUCUCGAUCCCACUAUUCAUCUUUGCUAUCUCUCAUAGCAAUGCUCUUAACAAUCGUUCUAUAGAAAAAAGAGUUCGAUGAUGGUGUAAAUAUAUAGGUCUUUAUUAGAAUGCUUGUUUCCUGUUUUAAUUAUAAUCAAUAAUGAUAAUUUUUGUUGGCUUCUUGCCACUCCCCUAACUUAUAAAACCAUAAUUUUUUGUA